AUGCCCAUCGGUAACCCAGUCAAUACGAAUGAUAUCAAGCCCAACCACAUGCACCAAGAAUCAAAUAUGAGUACCGUAAGCAAUAGCGAAAGUACUAUUGGCCAGUCAACCCAACAGCAGCAACAACAAUAUCUCGGCCAGAGCGUUCAGCCUAUGAUGCCCGUAUCCUACCAAUAUGUAGUUCCCGAACAGUGGCCCUACCCGCAAUAUUAUCAGCAGGCGCAAUCUCAGUCUCAACAGCAGCAGCACCCUCAGCCUCAAAUGUAUCAAGUUCAAGAAUCUUUUCAGAGCAGCGGUUCUGACUCAAAUAUUUCUAAUUUACCUUCCACGUCUGUAGGUAUUCCAUCCAACGCUGCUGCUACUGCACUACCAAAUGGUUCUGCAGUUAGCAGCAAUAGCAAUAGCAGCAAUACUGUUAGUAACAAUGUACCAUACUACUAUUAUUUCCCACAAAUGCAAGCCCAACAAUCAAUGGCAUAUUCGUACCCACAGGCGUAUUACUAUUAUUCUGCAAACGGUGAUGGCACUGCUAACGGCACAGCACCAUGCGUAACUAGUAAUCAAGCUCAAAAUUCCAAUUCAGAAAACAGUUACUCAACCUUUGAACAGCAACAGCAACAGCAACAGCAACAGCAACAGCAACUACAAGCUCAAACUUACUCGGCGCAACCACCAAAAAUAGGUAAUGCUUUCACAAAGUUUAGUAAAUCUGGACCACCUUCUGAUUCAUCCAGUGGGUCCAUGUCUCCCAAUUCUAAUCGUACUAGUCGCAAUAGUAAUAGUAUCUCAUCGUCAGUUCAGCAGCCUCAAAUGUCAAAUUAUCCACAACCUUCCACAUACCAAUACCCCGGAUUUCACAAGACCUCCUCAAUUCCAAACUCGCAUUCUCCAAUCCCUCCAAGAUCUUUAACAACGCCAACCCAAGUUCCACCCAGUCAAAAUGGACCAUUAAGCUAUAAUCUUCCCCAAGUGGGCUUGCUACCGCCACAGCAACAGCAACAGGUGAGCCCGUUGUAUGAUGGAAAUUCCAUAACUCCACCAGUUAAGCCUCCUACUGACCAAGAAACUUAUUUAAGUGCAAACAGACACGGGAUGCCAGAUCAGCAGUAUGAUCCAAUGGCUAAAACUAUGAAUUCUUUCCAAACUACCACCAUAAGGCACCCCAUGCCAUUAAUAGCUACUCCCAAUGCAACAGGUAGUAACAGCAGCGGCACUUCCGCAAGCAUAAUAAGACCAAGAGUAACAACAACUAUGUGGGAGGAUGAAAAAACAUUAUGUUAUCAGGUUGAAGCUAAUGGGAUUUCGGUAGUAAGAAGAGCGGAUAACGAUAUGGUCAAUGGUACCAAACUCCUGAACGUAACUAAAAUGACAAGAGGUAGAAGAGAUGGUAUCUUAAAAGCCGAAAAAAUUAGGCAUGUUGUGAAAAUUGGUUCCAUGCAUUUAAAGGGUGUGUGGAUACCGUUUGAGCGUGCCCUAGCAAUAGCACAAAGAGAAAAAAUUGCUGACUAUCUUUAUCCUUUGUUUAUUAGGGAUAUUCAGAGCGUAUUAAAACAGAAUAACCCAAGUAAUGAGAGCAGUAGUAGUAGUAGCAGCGCUGGUAUCAAAUCUAUCAGUCCGCGCACCUACUAUCAACCUCUUAAUAACUAUCAAAAUUCUAAUGCCCCUAUAAACAUAUCUGCUGCCCAAUUGGCAUAUUCCUCAAUGAAUUUGAACAACAAAAUGAUACCUAGUAAUCCUAUCCCAGCUGUAAAUGCAAUUACUGCGGGCCAAAAACCCUUGAGCAAAUGCCCAAUUCCUAACCCUAACCACCUCGAAGGACAUACCAUAGCUAACCUACAAAACCUUUCAACAACAAUGCCUAUGAAACAACAACUGGUGAAUAACACAGCUUCACCGUUAUCCUAUCCACGCAAUACCACAAUGAGUUCGGUAAGCACGCUAAGUAUUGCACCAGGCAAUCCGAAACCCUUGUCACCUUCUCCAACCACAACAAACACAAAUCAGUCAUCUGAAGCAAAUGUGGGGAGUAUUCAUACAGGAAUCACUCUUCCAAGAGUGGAAUCCGAAUCGGCAUCGCAUUCCAAAUGGUCUAAUGAGGCAGAUGGCGGGAAUACUAUACCAGAUAAUCAAACAUUAAAGGAGCCACGAUCUAGUCAAUUACCGAUUUCUGCACUGACUUCAACGGAUAUUGACGAAACAAGAACAAGCACAAGCGAUGAAGCAGCACAUCCGACUGAGGCUACCGAAGUGGAACCCGUCAAGGAGCCGGAGUCCUCUAAACUGCAAGUUGAUGGAGGUGACGAUGUUUCUAACGAAAAAACAGCCGCCGAUGAUACAAAGAAACAAGAAAAAUAG